GACCUGCAACUCAGAUGCAGCAGGGUCUAACAGCCACUUGUUUCCACUUCCGAGAUCUUUUAGCGUAUACAAAUAAAUAACAGGAUCCCUUCCGCGGUGGCUUGUGAUCGUGACCACCACGCAAAGCGAUUCGGUGAGAUCUCUCUCUCUCUUUCUCUUUCUCUCUUUCUCCCUCUCCCUGUCCUCCUCUCUUUUACUUACCACUCUGUCCAUGCCCUCAUGCCCGCCUACAAACGAAGCGCAGCGUGCAGUGUGUAUUUCUUAUCCGUCUUAUCUUGUCUCUCUCGCUUGCUCGGCUUGUUAGCCCUUACUGUCACCCUUGUCAUUGAGUUCCGCAAAAAGGGUCUUCGUACUCAUUUUUUUGAAAAUCAGCUCUUGGAAAAGCAAUUUCAACUUCAGCCCUGGAUUCACUACAGUUGAUCAAUGGACAGAGAUUUCUCCCCAACAAGGCGAAGUACAGAGAGCGCGUAAACAGCCCCUACGCUCUGCUGGGUGCUCCCCCUGGUGGUUGGAGGGGGAUGGAGCGUGGCCGGGAGAGCCCCUGCAUGACGGACAGUCCCGAGCGGAGGGAGGAGAGCCCGGACCACAGCGGGCCCCCUCCAGGGAAGAUCAGCCGUCUGGAGGUGAACGGGAGCCCCACGGGGGCGCGGACCCGCCACAACGGCACUCCGCUCAAGCCCCUCGGAGGUCUGAUGAUCCCAGUGUACUGUGUGGUGGAGCAGGCUGAGGGGGUCAUGUCCGGGGGUGUGGUCUGUGACGGGGAGGGGCGUGACAGACACGCUGAGUUUGUAUUGGUGCGUAAGGACAUCCUCUUCACCCAGCUGGUGGAGACCGCUCUCGUGGCUCUGGGCUACUCACACAACUCUGCUGUCCAGGCACGAGGCAUCAUCAAAGUGGGCCGCUGGAAGCCCAUGCCCAUACACUUCCUGACCGACGCCCCCGAGGCCACCGUGGCAGACAUGCUGCUAGACGUCUACCACAUGGUCACCCUCCGCAUCCUUCUGCAGAGCUUUGCCCGUUUAGAGGAUCUGCCGUCGGAGCAGUGGAACCACGCCACGGUACGCAACGCCCUCAAGGAGCUACUGAGGGAGAUGAACCAGAGCGCUCUGGCCAAGGAGUGCCCUCUCUCUCAGAGCAUGAUCUCAGCCAUAGUCAACAGCUCCUACUACGCCAACGUGUCCACAUCCAAAUGCCAAGAGUUUGGCCGCUGGUACAAGAGGUACAAGAGGAUUAAAGGUGAAUACCUUGAGAGGAUGUGGUCAGGCCGUGAUAAACCAGACAUUAAAAUGGAGAGAGACAGCAUGGCUGACAUGUGUAUCCUCGGACAGCGCCCCCCUUCCCACCUGACCUCCCCAACCCACCUGGGCCCCCUGGGGAGUGGGGGUGUGACCCUAAAGGGGGGCCCAGGGGAUACCCAGCCCCCCAGCUCUCAACAGGCUCUCCCCCACCCAUCCCAGCAACCAUCGCCCCACGGCCAGCACCACCCCAGCCCCCCACUGCGUGGCCCGGUGCCCCCAUCCAGCCCCUCUGCCUCACUCCAGCCCCUCCUGGGGCCAGGGGGGCUGCUCUCCCCCCAGCUCUCCCCUCAGCUGGUGAGACAGCAGCUAGCCAUGGCCCACCUCAUCAACCAGCAGCUAGCCGUUAGCCGCCUGCUCGCCCACCAGCACCCCCAGGCCAUCAACCAGCAGUUUCUCAACCACCCGCCCAUCCCUCGGGUCUGCAAAGUCCCCGGGGGGCCCCCUGAACCUGGGCACAACCCCUCGGCCGUGGAGGUGUCCUCUGACAUCUACCAGCAGGUCCGAGAAGAGCUGAAGAGGGCAAGCGUCUCCCAGGCGGUGUUCGCCCGCGUGGCCUUCAACAGAACACAGGGUUUGCUGUCAGAGAUCCUUCGUAAAGAGGAGGACCCUCGCUCGGCCUCCCAGUCUCUCCUGGUCAACCUGAAGGCCAUGCAGAACUUCCUGAACCUCCCUGAGGGGGAGCGCGACCGCAUUUACCAGGAGGAACGCGAACGCAGCAUGAACCCAAAUCUGUCCCAGACACCCAAUCAGAACUCCACCUCCUCUGGCCAAAGACACACACAGGCCAAACCCUCCCUGCCCAGUGUGGAGCUGCCCCUGAAGCUGGAGUCCCUGGUGAACAUCACCUCGGGGAUCUACGAUGACAUCCAGCAGGAGAUGAAGAGAGCCAAGGUGUCCCAGGCCAUGUUUGCCAAGGUGGCCGCCAACAAGAGCCAGGGCUGGCUGUGUGAGUUGUUGCGCUGGAAGGAGAACCCCAGCCCUGAGAACCGGACCCUGUGGGAGAACCUGUGCACCAUCCGCCGGUUCCUGACGCUGUCGCAGGCCGAGAGGGACAUGGUCUACGAGGAGGAGUCCCGGCACCACCACAGUGAGAGGCUGCACACUGUCCUCCACCUGCCCGAACCUCAGGCCCUGCACAGACAGCCUCUGCCGCCGAUGAAGGACCCGUCCCCCAUGCGCGAGGAGCCUCUGCCUGUACCCGUGCCCAACUCCAGGUGCCAGGAGGACGCCGGUGCUGUCGGGGGUGGCGGUAGCGGUGGGGGGCCGGGUGGAGGAGGAGGCGGGGCCGCCAAGAAGCCCCGCUCCCGCACACGCAUCUCCCUGGAGGCGCUGGGGAUCCUGCAGAGCUUCAUCGGGGACGUGGGGCUGUACCCCGACCAGGAAGCCAUCCACACCCUCUCCGCCCAGCUGGACCUGCCCAAGCACACCAUCAUCAAGUUCUUCCAGAACCAGCGCUACCACGUCAAGCACCACAGUCAGAUGAGGGAGGCGGGGGGCGGCGAGGGAGCCGGCGAGGCGGGGGGGCUGGACGCGGAGGAAUACCAGGACGAGGAGCUGCUGUCCGGCUCGGAGGAGGCCGAGUCCAGUGAGGACGGGCGGGGCUCGGAGGAGGCGUUCAGAACAGAGGGAGGAGGAGUGAAGAGGGGAGAGGGAAGAGAGGCGGGAGGGCUGGCGGAGCGGCGGGAGGACGGACAGGAGAGCAGCAAAGCCUCCAGCCCCAGAGCCACCCCCCCCUUCCCCAUACACCUCCCCCAGGAGCCUCCCUGACUCAGGGGAGCAUCCCAGAUAACCUCCUACCCCCCAUCCUGACCCCCGUGUGGAACAGAGGACUACGCACAUGCACAUGCACAUGCACACACACACACACACACACACUGAUAGACGGUGGCUCCGGUUGGCUAGAGGGACUAACAUUACGGUGUAUGAAACAGUGGGCAUAGAGUCAUGGAGAAGACAACAGAAUACCUCAGGAUGAGAGGCCCAGUGCACUCUGGGACAGACCUGGUCGUUCAGGAACAGAAGGCUGCUUUUCCACCAUGUCCUGCUCCUGCUCACUGGAGGGUUGGCUUCCUGGUUGUCUUCAGAGGCCUCCCAAGAUGUUUAGGGAACUCUGUGUUCGGACUGCUACUUAGACAUUCUCCUUUAGAUGUUGCCAAAUCUGUUCUUCUUUCCGCACUCAAUCCCCACCAGCACUUACAAUCAAGACUGUAUUUAUUGUUAUUAUAUGUAAUCAAAGCUUGUUGUCAAGAUGGUCGCUAUUAUGCUCUUAUGAUGUGCUAUUUUGAUAUCAGUGAAACGAGGAACAUUUCAAUGUGAGAGAGGGAACAUAACACUGCCAAAAGAAGUUGUUACUGAGCUGAAAUCUUUUAGAUGUAUCGAUCCCCACUUGUUUGUACAAGAAAAAGUGACAUGAAAUUAACCCUGGAAAUGUAUUACCUAAAUCAACUUUUUUUCUCAAACUAUCCUACAUUGUGUUGCUGCCAUUGUUGACAUCUGCCAAACCAGGCCAAACUGAAACACAGCAGUGUUAAUGAAUGAUGAUAGUAUAUGUGUGUGAGUGGGCGAUUAACAACAAUGACGUUUUUGGAGUGGAAAAUUACAAGUUUUGAAAUCUAGCUGCCAAGAGGAGGAUAUGAGAUAUAUUGUAAACUUGGUCAUUUGUGUUGACCUAGUUUCUAAUGAUUUGUCUCAACUCUGUUUGGUUUGACUGAGCACAACUUUGCUCUAUUGAUCUGGACACCUUUUUUCUGUUUUUCUUCCCCCUCAAACAGACAUGAGCCAGGGUCUCUGUGAAGACAUGAUACUGUAUAUUAAGAAAACACAAUCUCUCCUAAGAAGGAGAGCGACAGAUGUCUGUGCUUUUCUUUCAAGGCAUUAAAUAUUGAGUCAAAUACUAA